UGGCUGAGCCGGUUUGCAUGCAGCAGAGUCCAAGAUGGCGGCGGUCUCGGUGCUGAAGGGAAGCCUGUGGGUGCUUUUCUGCCUAGGCGGUCGCUUGCUUCACGCCACAGACGCCACCGGCCAAGCGGAAAAAGGGCCUCCCGCGCCUCACCGGCGGUUCGAGUAUAAAUACAGUUUCAAGGGGCCACAUUUGGUGCAGGCAGACGGGUCGGUGCCUUUUUGGGUGCACACGGGCAACGCUAUACCCAGUGCAGAUCAAAUAAGGAUAACUCCGUCGUUAAAGAGCCAAAAGGGAUCGGUAUGGACCAAAAGCAAAUCUGUAUUUGAAUACUGGGAAAUCGAGGUGACCUUCCGAGUGACAGGCCGGGGACGAAUAGGAGCUGACGGACUGGCAGUCUGGUUUACAGAAGGGCAAGGUUUAGAGGGUCCUGUUUUUGGAGCGGCUGAUAACUGGAACGGUAUUGGCAUCUUCUUUGACUCCUUUGACAAUGAUGCAAAGAAAAACAAUCCGGCAAUAGUUAUUGUUGGCAACAACGGCAAGCUGCAUUAUGACCAUCAGAACGAUGGCUCCACACAAGCACUGGCAUCGUGUCAGAGGGACUUUCGUAACAAGCCGUACCCUGUCCGAGCAAAGAUCGUUUACUACCAAAAGACCUUGCAUGUAUUCAUAAACAAUGGUUUCACACCGGACAAAGAAGACUAUGAAUUCUGUGCCAAAGUUGAAAACAUGGUGCUACCAUCUGAGGGAUACUUUGGGAUUUCUGCAGCAACCGGUGGUCUUGCGGACGACCAUGAUGUCUUGUCUUUCCUGACUUUCCAGUUGACUGAGCCUGGCAAAGUAGCGCCUCCCCCUGACACAGAGAUUCCCGAGAAGGACAAAGAGAAAUAUCAAGAAGAGUUCGAGCAUUUCCAGCAGGAGCUUGAUAAAAAGAAAGAGGAGUUCCAGAAGGAGCAUCCUGACGUAGAAGGACAUAUAGCAGAUGAUUUCUUUGAAUCUGUGAGCGACCGUGAACUGAGGCAAAUCUUUGAGGGCCAGAACCGAAUCCACCUCGAGAUAAAGCAGCUCAACAGGCAACUGGAUAUGAUUCUGGAUGAGCAGAGGAGAUACGUCUCCACGGUGACAGAGGAGAUUUCGAGAAGAGGAGCUGGUGUCCCGGGCCAGCAGGGGCAGGUCUCUCUUCAAGGAGUUGACACAAUUGUGAAAAAUCAGCAGGAGGUGAUGAGGCAAGUCGGUGAAAUAAGAAACUCCAUGGGAGAGGCGUUGAGGCUAGUCGGCAGUGUUCAGCAUCCCAACUCUGCUGGUGCCAUCUACGAAACAACCCAACACUUCAAUGACAUCAAAGAGCAUCUCCACGUAGUGAAGAGGGACAUCGAGCACCUAGUCCAGAGAAACAUGCCGUCAAAUGAAAAACCCAAAUGUCCAGAGCUGCCUCCGUUUCCAUCAUGUUUAUCAACAACGCAUUUCUUUAUAUUCGUGGCAGUCCAAACGGUGCUGUUUGUCAGCUACAUCAUGUACAGGAGUCAGCAAGAAGCGGCCGCUAAGAAGUUCUUUUGAUGGCCAGUUGUCCUGGCCGAGCAGUUCGUGAGUUGCGAGUGAGGGAAACCCUAGCGUUUAAGAAUGCUUCAAUAUUGUAAAUUAUUGAGUUGUGGAUGAAUACACUGAAUUCUGGAUUCAAAAUAUUGUGAAAUUGACUGACUGGAACAAAACCAAGGCAAGUUUGGCCCUCCUUUGGUUUCUGGCCGAAGCUGGAAUAUGUCCUUUAACCUGCUGUCAAGACAUUUCCCCAGUUAGAGAAGCAGGACAAAAAAAAGGUCCUUGGUUUACUUUUAUCAUUUUGGCCUGUGGGAAAUCUUGUCAUGAAACAUUAUACAUCAGAAUUUUCUUUCUGUGGAGGGGGGGAAGAUUUUCAAACUGCACCUCCCUUCUGUUCUUAUGGAAAGAGGGUUGUAAAAAAAAAAGUAAUUUAAUAUGUCGCAAACCUGACCUAAAAACGACUGUGACCAGCAAAGGCAUUUAAUGAAGACAUCUCCAGAACAAAACAUGUUGUGGACCAACAUCUUGGGAUUUUUUCUUUUGUGGAUGCAGGAGAACACAUUCAGCGCGAGACAUUGUCCCUCUUUUGAGCAUGUUUUGGUAUACUACUUUGUACGCUGAGUAGACUUUUGUAAAAGUGUUCUUUAAUCUCUCUUCAGCGAAGAGAUCUUAACAUGCAUGAGGUUAAAAUUAAUUUGGCUUGUUAGCAUAGAAUCUAGUGGUGGUACCGAGCCACUGAGUGUUGUUGCAAACCAUACAGGUGUGGUAAUGAGCCCUUCAGAAUGGCAGGACAGUUCCCAAAACUUGACGUAUGUUUGGCCAGGAACAUGAUGUGUGUUACCUUAACAGCAUUCCUACAGACUGUACCAUUAUUAAUCUUCCAGCUCUUUCUGAAUGGUUUAGUGUGUAAUCCACUGUUGUACAGUACAUAUAUUUCUACUUGGAGUAAUGCUAUCCUGUAAGUAUUUUGUUCAGGGGGGCGAGGGGAAGCAAAUUCCCCAAUUCAGCAUGUGAAUUUGAUUUACCUCGGUUGGCAUCGCAGACUUGUCUUUCUGUUGUUGUCUUCAAGUCCCAUUUUUAAACACCUACAGAACUGCGACUGACUGGAGGCUGCUACUUAAUUCUUAAACUGAAGAGUCAAAUAUUAGCAGAAGAGCAGGCUUUGGGGAGGAUUUCAAAGAUGCCUGCAGCCUGACCGCAUUUUGGAAUUACGUACCUUGUGACUGCUCUUGCCCCUGACCACUUGAAAGAACAGAUCUAUGCAACGCUUCUCAAAUGAAAUCAUGCAUCUCUCCUUCCGGAUGGUAUCCAUUGCAUUAUGUCCUGGAUUGUACACGAUAACCUUUCUCAGUGAUGCUGAGACUCUUGUUUACAGCUCUGCUAGAAGAAGCGGCUGCUCCAAACUAACCCUCUGUCUAAACAACCACACAAAACAAAAUAAUUAAAGUCACAAGUAAGAACAAAUGAACAACAUCCUUCAGAAUAGCCAGAACAGCACAAUCGUGUGGUGCCACAACUCCCUCCCGAGUUCACACCAGCAAGUAUUCUUACAGGUGCCUUGGACUAAAACAGAUAUUAAAAGUUUAGUGUAGUUUUUUAAAUAAGGUAUUUUCUUCUUUAAGGGAUUGUUUGCGUUUUCAGCGUUCACCGUUGGCUCCCAACUACCGGUGCCAAAGAGGAGCCCACGUCUGCGACAUAAGGAUAACUUUCCGUGCAUAUUUUUUUUUUCAUGCCAAAAGGACGGCUUCUUUCGGGGCGGUGUUUAUUUUUGGAACACGCUGGAGCAGUCGAGAUCGCAAACAUCAGUUUGGAAACAUGGUCUGUGUUUGGUUUCUGCAUCAUGUGAACCUUUCCCAGCUGUGCUGCGUUAAAUUGGAGAAUUAAAAUAUUGAAGCAACUAGUGGUGCUGUACUUUGUAAUCAGGAGGAAUAAAACCAGGAUUUUGAAGGCAUCCUGCAGGCUGGAAAGAUAUGUUGGGCACAGUCUCUUCGAAGGCCUACGGAAAUUUGGCUUUUCGGAAAUUGGGAGUGGACAAAAUACAAAACAGACCUAAAUAGUUGUAUUUCUUCUACUUUGCCAGGAUUUGUCCCAUACAGCCCCCCUUGAAGUCUUUGGAGGGGCUGCGGUCCAGGAUGGUACCCUGGGUAAACCCAGGUGUUCUUCUGUGCAUGUGGUCAGAUAGUCUUUUCAUACUGGCUGUUGUGGGUUUUCCAGGCCGUGUGACCGUGGUUUAUACCUGGCAUCUUCAGAGGCAUGUCACAAGCUCUCCAUGUCUUUUUAUAGUCGGUCUCCCAAAAGCCCGUUUGCUAAUUCGUUGAUUCCUAUUUCUGACUUCCUCAGCCUGUAGGAUGCAUUCACAAGUUGCAAACCUAGCGCAAGGCAACUUGCUUCAAUUCCGCAUCGAUCACGGUUGCUCGUGUUAAGGCUAGUGGGGAAAGCUUGAAACAGACAAGCGCUGGAUGACUCAACUGUAUGGUUUGUGCAACCCCACUCAGCUUCUGUCGCCGUUUUGUAGAAACACAACUGAAAGAGAAUUUAAUUGUACCAUCGACUCCUGUAAUGCUUAAAAAAAAAAAGCUGUCCUGUUGUCUCAAAAUUCAAACAGUUGACAAGUUCAGAAUCUUAUUUGAAUAAAUGCACAUAUUUUA